CCGGAGCGCGCGCGCGCGCGUGUGUGCGUGCGCGCCCCCGCCCCCCACGGACGUCGCCUUCCGGAUGGCGGAGCGGGAGGGGUCGGUGGAGCCGGAGCUCCCCCUGGCGGCCGGGCUGUUCGCCGACAGUUUCCCGGAGGAGGCCCGUUUCCGGUUCUGCGGGCACCGGCUGAGCAUCGCGCAGCGGUUCGGGGCGCGCCUCGGGGUGGCGGCGCCCGUCUGGGACGCGGCCCUCAGCUUGUGUGGCUACUUUGAGCAGCAGCAGUUGGACUUUGGCGGAAAGAGGGUGAUUGAACUGGGGGCCGGGACCGGUGUCGUGGGCAUCUUGGCUGCAUUACUGGGGGGUGACGUGACCAUCACCGACCUGCCCCUGGCCCUGGAGCAGAUCCAGUGCAACGUGCGAGCCAACGUGCCGCCCGCCGGCCGGGCGCGGGUCCGGGCCCUGCGCUGGGGGCAGGACCAGGAGCUGUUCCCGGACGACUUCGACCUGGUGCUUGGCGCAGACAUCGUCUACCUGGAGCCCGAGUUCCCGCAGCUGCUGGCCACUCUGCAACACCUGUGUGGGCCCCGCGGCACCGUACUCCUGGCCGCCAAGAUGCGCGAGGAGCACGGCACGGGACGCUUUUUCCACUGCCUGCUGCCCCGUGCCUUCCACGUGGAGCUGGUGCAAUGCGACCAGGAGCAGAACAUCCACAUCUACAGGGCCACGCCCAGGGGGGCCGGACCCCCGGCCUGAAUGGGUCAUACCCGACCCCUGUGUCCCCAGCAAGGGCCGGGCAGGGGCGUCCCCGCCCCGGAAUCUUGCCCACCGCAAUGGCUCUCCGGUUUCUGCCCUCCCGUGGGGGAGGCAGGCCAGGAGCACAGCCGAACGGUGGUCGAGUGGUCCCGGGAGAGGAGGCCCGGCCGGUAGGCCGUCACCGGGCCCCUUCGGACGCGUUGGGCAUUAAAAGCCUCCUGGAACCUCA